AUGCCAUCAUACCUAGUGACAGGAACUGCAAGAGGAAUUGGAUUUGCGUUAGUUAACGAGCUAUCUUCAAAUGGCUCAAAUCUUGUCUUCGCGAUUGUUCGUGAAACAUCGGACACUUCCUUAUUAAAAGGUCUAAAGCGGUCAAAUUUAAUUAUUGUCAAAGCUGAUAUUUCCAGUCAAGAAGAUAUACAAAAAGCUUUCAAGAUUAUUUCCACCAAGACAAAUAGUUUGGAUGUACUAAUUGCUAGCGCGGCCUAUCUCCCUGUAGCUACUCAAUCUCCAGUUGAAGUUACCGAAGACUUUGCCGCCUUCAGUAGCGAGGUAAACAAGAGUAUCAAAGUAAACGUACUUGAUCAAAUUUACUUAAUUAACAUUUUCUUACCUUUGCUAGAAAAAGGUGACAUUAGAAAAAUUGUUUUCAUAAGUUCGGGUCUUUCUGCAAUGAGCUUCGUCUUAAAAACUGAAAUUCAAUUUCAAAUGCCCUAUUCGUUGUCUAAGGCAGCUUUGAAUCUAAUUUCUGCAAAGUUUGCAUUAGCCUUGAAAUCUAAAGGCUUUACAGUGUUGGCCAUUUGUCCUGGGCUCGUGUCAUCUUCCAGUCAAGCUCCACUCAGUGAGGAGGAGAUCCGAAAACAAUACGGACUUUUUGUUGAUCAUUUGAAGUUGACCAAUCCUGAGUAUAAAAGACCGCUUACGCCUCCAGAGAGCGCUUCCGCUAUUUUGAAGACUAUUGAUUAUGCAAGUCCUUAUCUUAGUGGAAAAUUUUUGAGUCACUUCGGAAGUGAACAUGAAUGGGUCUAG